UAUGCAGUGUGCUCUGAUCAGCUGCUGCAAGGACCAAUUGUUCAUCCCCUGAGAGAAAGGGGACACAUCAUCCUGUCCCUGGCUGCUCCCCUCCUCCAAAUCCCUGGAGGAGCAAUUAGAGUGCCCUGCUUCACAUGGAAAGAUCCAUUGUCUGGAACAGGUUCAGGCUGACACCAGUGCCUGCUGCUGCUCUGGAGGAAAGUGUGGCUGUGUGGGUGCAGGGCACUUAUUGGGUUAAGCCAGCGUUCCUCCUCUCUGCUGGGUCUGCCUGCUCAGGAAUGAUGGGAGCUUUGGGGAAUCCAAGUUGCUUGCUCAUCUGCUGGCUCCUUGUCUUAUGUUAGGAGGGAGCAUCUUCAUUGAGAUUACAGGCAGAAGACAGAAAGGGCGACUAUGGACUGAUUGUAUGCCCAUCACCAUGGAGUUUCUAGUGGGCAUCAUCUGCAGUAUUGUCUGCCUCCAGCCAGUUGCAGGGUUUGGUGUGGACCCCUCCCUACAGAUUGACAUCCUAGAGGAGCUCCAGUUGGGGGAGGCCACUCCUGGAGUACAGCAGGUUCAAGGACUUCACAACAGAAGCAAAGCCUUCCUUUUCCAAGAUUCUUCAAGAAAUUUGAAAGCUUCUUCCGCUUUAUCAGAAAAACUUUUUCAGAAAUUGAAGAAUAAACAUGAAUUCACUGUGUUAGUGACUUUGAAGCAGGCUGCUUUAAAUUCAGGUGUCAUUCUCUCUAUUCAUCAGUCAGAUCACAGGUAUCUUGAGCUUGAAAGUAGUGGGCAUCGAAAUGAAGUCAGACUACAUUACCGCUCAGGGAGUCAUCGAUCGCAGACAGAAGUUUUUCCAUAUAUUUUGGCAGAUGACAAAUGGCAUCGAUUUUCCUUGGCAGUCAGCGCUUCUCAUCUGGUUUUACAUGUGGAUUGUAACAAGAUUUAUGAAAGAAUUGUGGAAAAGCCAUACAUGGAUAUUCCAUCUGGGACAACUUUAUGGGUUGGACAAAGAAAUGGCGCACAUGGUUAUUUUAAGGGGAUCAUGCAAGAUCUACAGAUCGUUAUCAUGCCACAAGGGUUUAUUUCCCAGUGUCCGGAUCUUAAUCGCACAUGUCCAACGUGCAAUGACUUCCAUGGACUAGUGCAGAAAAUCAUGGAACUACAAGAUAUCCUGGCAAAAACAUCAGCAAAGCUGUCGAGAGCUGAGCAGAGGAUGAAUAGGUUAGAUCAAUGCUACUGCGAAAGAUCUUGCACUGUAAAGGGCAAUGUCUACAGAGAGUUGGAGUCCUGGACAGAUGGCUGUAAGAAGUGUACAUGCAUGAAUGGGACAGUUCAGUGUGAAACAUUAGUCUGUACCGAACCAACGUGCCCAGCUUAUUCUGCACCUGCCUUUGCUCCUGGCAAAUGUUGUAAAGAAUGCCAACCUGUAUGUGUUUAUCAAGGCCAAAUGUAUGUUGAAGGAGAGAAUCAAGCUGUCUUUUCGAGUACUGGAACAUGCAUACUGCUCCAAUGCAAGAGCAACAAAAUGCAACGCACAGAGUUUUCAGAAUGUAUGCCUGCCAACUGUCCACAAUCACAGCAAAUAGUGCUGAAGAACAGCUGCUGCAAAGUCUGCAAAGGUUAUGACUUCUGCUCGGAAGGACAUAAUUGCAUGGAGUCCUCAGUCUGCAAAAACCUAGAUGACAAAGCUGUCUGUAUCUGCCGCGAUGGAUUCUGGGCACUUAGAGAAGACAAUGCUUACUGUGAAGAUAUUGAUGAGUGUGCUGAAGGUCGCCAUUACUGUCGGGAGAAUACUAUUUGUGUGAAUACACCAGGAUCAUUCAUGUGCAUUUGCCAAACAGGCUACAUCAAAAUUGAUGACUAUUCCUGUACAGAACACAAUGAGUGUGCAACAAACCAGCACAGCUGUGAUGAAAAUGCGUUGUGUUUUAACACUGUGGGUGGACACAACUGUGUGUGCCAGCCAGGAUAUACUGGAAACGGGACUAUCUGUAAAGCUUUUUGCAAAGAUGGCUGUAGGAAUGGAGGGAGCUGCAUUGCUCCUAAUAUGUGUGCUUGCCCACAGGGUUUUACUGGACCCAGCUGUGAAACAGACAUUGAUGAAUGUGCCGAAGGAUUUGUUCAGUGUGACAGCCGUGCUAACUGCAUUAACCUACCAGGCUGGUACCACUGUGAAUGCAGAGACGGCUACCAUGACAAUGGGAUGUUCUCUCUGGGAGGAGAGUCGUGUGAAGACAUUGAUGAAUGCACUACGGGAAGACACAGCUGCAGUAAUGAUACUGUUUGCUUCAAUUUGGAUGGUGGAUAUGAUUGCCGUUGUCCCCAUGGCAAAAACUGCUCUGGUGAUUGUAUACAUGAAGGAAAAAUCAAGCAUAAUGGGCAGAUCUGGGUAUUGGAAAAUGAUCGGUGCUCAGUAUGUUCUUGCCAGGUUGGGUUGGUGAUGUGUCGCCGUAUGGUUUGUGACUGUGAAAACCCAACAGUUGACUUGUUUUGCUGUCCUGAAUGUGAUCCCCGACUCAGCAGUCAAUGCCUACAUCAAAAUGGAGAUGUUACAUAUAAAAGUGGAGACACCUGGGUACAGAACUGUCAGCAAUGCAGAUGUUUGCAAGGAGAAGUAGAUUGCUGGCCGUUGCCUUGUCCAGAAAUUGACUGUGAAUUUAGCGUAGUUCCGGAGAGUGAGUGCUGUCCACGUUGCAUCAACGACCCCUGCCAAGCUGACAUAAUACGCAAUGACAUCACAAAGACAUGUGUUGAUGAAACAAAUGUAGUUCGUUUUACAGGCUCUUCUUGGAUUAAGCACGGCACAGAGUGCACCCUCUGUCAAUGCAAGAAUGGACAUAUGUGUUGCUCUGUAGAUCCACAAUGCCUCCAGGAGCUGUGAUAAUAACCAACGACUCCUACAGAAAAUUCAAGGAUUAUGAAUGUUUUUCUCAUAAAAGACUUUACACCAAAUAAAAGUACACAAUUGGAACUGAUAUACAGUAUUAUAGCGUGCAAUUCAUUCUCUUGGUUCAAGAAGAAUAACAACCGAUAACAGACAGUUUACCUUUGAUUUUGUUAAACUUGAGGCCAAAUGUGAAACAGAUGCCAUUGACUUUUUGUGCAGGAUGCCUAUUUGGAAUCUAGUACAUAACCAUAUUUUUUAAAUGGGAUGAUCAACCA